GCUUGCUCCCUUGGUGCUGUGCGCGCCUCUGAACCUCCGCUGACGCUAAAGCUUUCGGCUGCUGUUCUCCCUUACCCAGCCCUCUGUGGCUGGGUACGGCAGCGCUCUGAGGACAAAAAUCUUCCCUCCUCCGUGGGCUCUGCUUUGCGCUAGUUUCUUGGGCGAAUGUGAGGCUGAAAGUAUUAGGGUCUCCACUCAGCUGCUACAGAGAGGUAGGAGGAGCCUGCGCCUGGCGCGGAGUUCGGGCUAACUGGGGCCUGCGCCCGGCGAGACGCCGUCGUUGCCCGGAUGUUGCGCUGGCUGAUCGGGGGAGGCCGAGAACCUCAGGGACUGGCCGAGAAAUCUUCUUUACAGACAAUAGGUGAGGAACAAACCCAGAAUCCCUACACUGAACUGCUUGUGCUGAAAGCUCAUCAUGAUAUUGUACGAUUUCUUGUACAGUUAGAUGACUAUAGAUUUGCAUCUGCUGGUGAUGAUGGAAUUGUAGUUGUGUGGAAUGCCCAGACAGGAGAAAAACUUUUGGAACUUAAUGGACAUACUCAAAAGAUAACAGCUAUUACUACAUUUCCUUCUUUGGAAGCUUGUGAAGAAAAAAAUCAGCUGAUCUUGACAGCCUCUGCUGAUAAAACAGUUAUUGUAUGGGAUUGUGAUAUUGGAAGACAAGUUCAGAAAGUGUCAUGCUUCCAGUCUACUGUAAAGUGUUUAGCUGUUCUUCAGAGACUAGAUGUUUGGCUCUCUGGUGGGAAUGACUUGUGUGUAUGGAACCGAAAUUUAGAUCUCCUGUGUAAGACUGGUCACCUUUCUGAUACAGGGAUCAGUGCUUUGAUUGAAAUACCUAAGAACUGUGUUGUGGCCGCAGUUGGCAAAGAACUGAUAAUUUUCAGGUUGGUAGCACCCUCAGAGGGAUCACUAGGAUGGGAUGUUCUUGAAGUUAAGCGUCUCCUUGAUCACCAGGAUAAUAUUCUCUCGCUGGUUAAUGUCAAUGAUUUGAGUUUUGUAACUGGCUCCCAUGUUGGAGAGCUGAUCAUCUGGGAUAUCCGGGACUGGACUGUGCAGGCCUGUGAACGCAACUUCUGGGAUCCAUCUCCACAGCUGGACGCUCAGCAAGAAAUAAAACUCUGUCAGAAACCCAAUGACAUUUCUAUUCAUCAUUUUACCUGGGAUGAAGAGAACAUAUUUGUUGCAGUUGGAAGGGGUUUAUAUGUGUAUAACCUUCAAAUGAAGCGUGUGAUUGCCUGUCAGAAAACUGCCCAUGACUCCAAUGUCCUGCAUGUUGCCAAACUUCCAAACAGGCAGUUAAUCUCAUGCUCAGAAGAUGGCAGUGUACGCAUUUGGGAGUUACGAGAAAAACAGCAGCGUGCAGCUGAACCUGUACCAACAGGUUUUUUUAACAUGUGGGGAUUUGGAAGAGUAAAUAAACAAGCUUGCCACUCUGUUAAAAAGCAACAAGAAAAUGCCACUUCAUGUUCACUAGAACUUAUUGGAGAUUUGAUUGGACACUCAUCAUCUGUCGAGAUGUUUCUGUACUUUGAAGAUCACGGACUAGUGACAUGCUCUGCUGAUCAUCUCGUUAUUUUGUGGAAAAAUGGAGAACGUGAAUCUGGGUUGCGCAGUUUAAAGUUAUUUCAGAAAUUAGAGGAGAAUGGUGAUUUAUAUCAUGCUGUCUAGUGUAAGGAAUUUGGAAUACCUGUGCGUGGAUAUUGAACAUUAAAUAUAGGGUAAUACUCUGAAAACCAUUACCAUGAUGAUAAAUUUUGCAGUUUUUUUUCUUAUUACUCCAUAAAUUCCAAUUGUUUGAAUUCUUUUAUCUGGGCUAAAAACCAGCAACAAGUUGCUUCUCAGGUAUGAGUACAUCCACCAAAGAAAACAGCACAGGUUUUUCAUCUGACUUUUCACAUAGCAGUUACCUGAAACCACUGAAGGAAUGGGUCUAAUUUCAGCAGUGAAUUUUCAGAAAGUGAAAUUUUCAGACUUCAGCACAAAUAUCUGUUGAAGUAGAAUUAAAUUAUACCUCAGUAUCCUUACAGAGAUAAAUUUUUUAUGCUUUAAAAAAUAUAUAUACCAGAAAUUGUAUGAGCUUAUGUUUAAUGAGAAUAGUACUUAGAACCUCUAACUAAAUUUUUACUCAUCACCAGGAAUUAAAAGUUGCAUGUGCUUUCUUUCAUUUAGCUUUUUUUGGAUUUAAUAUCUGACUCUGUUCCUCAAAAUGAAUAUUUUAAUUAUCCCUGUCAUUCUUUUAAAGAUUUAUUUAAGGAGCCUGCUUUUAAGGAAAUAAAGAUGCAUGAUAAUUACAGAAGGUAGGAUGUAGCGUAUCUUGAAUUUAAACCUUGAGAUCUACAGAAAGCUGAUGCUUCCCUGUACAAAAUGAAGAUUCCAUAAAUAAUUGUACUUUGUGCUGCUGUGUUUUAGCUUUUUUUUUUUAAGGGCUGCUCCUAUGGCAUUGGGAAGUUUCCAGGCUAGGGGUCAAAUUGGAGUUACAGCUGCCAGCUUACACUACAGCUCACGGCAAUGCCAGAUCCUUAACCCACUGAGCGAAGCCAGGGAUUGAACCUCCAUCCUCAUGGAUACUGGUUGGGUUCGUUACCGCUGAGCCACAAUGGGAACUCCAGUGUUUUAGCAUCUUAAUUUGGAUCUAGACCCUGUGAGGAAGUGUUCACAGUCCUAUUGUUACUGUUUUAAUUCACAAUGAAAAUAGCUUUAUGGAGACAUAAAAUUUGUUACCUCCAUGAUAGAAGAAUAGCAAUGGAAAAAUUAGCACUGCCUUUUAGCCAACAAAUUGUUAUUAUUACGGUAUAUUUGAGCAGUCACACAGAGGCAGCUCUAAUCUUUCAUCCUGAGAUUGAAGCAUAGAUAGGAUCCCCAAACCAGGUAGACAUGAAAUGGACUGAAUGCAUCAGAUUGUUGAUCCAGAGUUAUUUUUAGGCUUUUAAUUUUUCUCCAUUGAUGGACUUAACUGUUAACUAGCUAGCUUUUUUGGAGAUUCUACAUUUAAGCCAUCAGUUCAUAAAGUUGUUGGCUUGACUGUAUAAGAUAUUUGAUGAAUUAUGAAAGGAAUUCACAGGUCUUUAACUGCAUUAUUUCCAAAUUUGUUCUGGAUUCAUAUUAUGUGAUAGUAAUCUACUCAUGGGAAAUGAUACACACCACAGGUGAGUGUGGGGAGCAAAGAGUACCAUAAGGAUCACUAUCAGUCCCUCUGUUACCAGUGGGUAAACCCAUUCAUAGGGCUUGAUGGUUUUGUGUUCACCCUCAAGUCAGAGAUGGAGGAAAACAGUAAGAUGGGAGCCUCUAGCAGGGACUCAGACUUGAUGGCUGCUCAGUAGUUAGUUAUAUGGAGACUGCUGCUAAAAGUUGGAUUUUCAAGUUAGAAGACUACAACUAUAACUGAGGUCCAUAUCUGUUAUAUGCAUUUUUUCUAAUUCCCUAGCUUAGCUUUCAAUACAAUUAUAUUUGCAACACCAGAAGUAAUACUAUGCCGUGAGCCUUGUCACUUUUAUUUAAAAAUACCCUAUUAACUCAUUCUCUGGUUUAUUCACAUAAUACAGUCAAGAGGCUAAAUUUCAGGGAUGUUUUAUCAUCCCUUCCAUUUAUCUUUCUCACAUGGAUUCUGGUUGAACAGAUGAAGCUUAUUCUUUGCCCACAAAACUAUCCAGUCAUAGCUCUAAAGGCAAGCAAAUUUUAAAAUCUUAAAUGUUAGGGUUAUUCUGAUCCAGGUAAUAGUGUUUUCAAACUACUUCAGGUUAACUAGUAGUAGUAGCAGUAAUGUGACUUCUGUUACUGGAUCAUGUUAUAUUUUCCUAAAUUAAUAUGGCUCCCCUCAACACAGAAUAUUUUAGUAAACACUUAAGUUUAAGACAGUUAUAGUCUUCCCGAUGGUAUAUGUAUCAGAUAGGUAUAAACUAUUAUAUUUCUAGUUAAUGUACUAGUUGGAGAAAUGUACUAUUUAAUUAGCAACUCCGUAGAAGAAUUACACCAUAGUAGACUACACUGAUAAAGAGCAGAGCUAUGCUAAAGCUUUAACACCUGGCAGUUUUAAUAUGAUAAUAGACAUUACACUGAGUUGUAAUGUUCAUAUAGAAUAGUGUCAGACAUCUGAUGAAUGUUACUUACCAAAUGGACCAGAAGCGAGAUGGUCAGGAAAGGACUGUUGUUGCCUCAGGCAAGCUUCUGAAGCCUAGGUAAAUUAUUUAGCUCCUUAAAAGGGGAGUCUGACAUCCUGAAUUUAGUGUUUCUGAAAACAAAGUGUGUGACUCAUGAAAUAAAGAACACUAAAACCAGAAUUCUAAAAUUAUGAAAACUUUAGGGCAAAGGAAUAAAAUAAAACAGCUGUUGGGAAUGAAAAAUGGCUGUAGGAAUUUAGUUUACAAUUACUUCACAAAAACAUUUUCAGCACAUUUACAUAAUGAAGCAUUACAAUACAAAGCUAGCUGCUGUCCUGACCAAGCAAGUUCUCGUACCAUCUAACAAAAUAAUUUAGAUACAUUUCUUUGCAUGGAACUGUCAUAGAUGUUUCGAUUUUUUUGGGUACAAAACAUAGAAAAAAACGUUGGCACAUUAUGUAGUGAUAAGACAUUUUUUUCCUUCCCAUGUAUUAGUUCCAAGUGUUUCUGCAUUCCAGUUUUCAUUUGAAAAAAGUAACUAACUACUGGUUCAGUUAGUUUAGACGCUGUUUAUGCCUCUUAGAAAUGCAGCAUGGAGUACAGAGAAUUUGAGAGAAAAACAAACAUUUUGUUUACUGAGUUUUUAAUAUUUAUAAUACAUGGAGAAGGGCUGGCUGGUAAAAGAGAAAGGAAAAUCUCAAGUCUGACUUCAUGUAGAUCACAGAAAGUUGUGAAAAGAGCUGUAUAAAAAUAUGCACUUGUGCUUUAGAAGCUUUUAGCAUACAGUUAGUAGCUUAAAAUAGUAUGUACGGCUUCCCCAUAUGCCUAUUUUCUGAUAUAUUUACACAUCUUGCAACUCCCUUUUUUAAACGUCAUAAAGCAAAAUGGCAUGAUCUUAAAUAUAGAUAGGUUAAAAACAUCACAACUUUGAAACUUCCUCUAACUCCUCCUCACAUAUAUACGUAUAGAUGGUAUAUGGUACAAUAUACUCUGUGGACUUAUACCCAGAAAAUUUAGAUUGCUUUAAUAAAAAUUUUGAACAGCAAA